GUUUAAUGAAGAUUCACUGGCUUGUGCAAGGGAAAUGCCAAAUGUGCGAGGCGCGCUUCCUCUCUUGUUAGCGUAUCUGGGAGGCAGCAGAUGCCCCUCAGCCCAUGGGAGGGUACAGCGCCCAUGCUGAAGAGUCAUCAUUUGGAGAGGGGGUGAAAAGAUUCCCUCUCCAUUGCAAGGUAGAUCUAGACUGCCUACAACUAAACGGGAGCGGCCUCUGUGAUUUCUGAAGCAGUGUUGUUUUAAAAACUUAAAUCUUCUCCAGAAAGACCCUGACUCAUAAAGUACUGUUUCUACUGGUGCAAUCUGUUGAUUCCAGUGCAAACUUCAUGACUUUGCACAAAACAUUGUAGCCCAAACUUCUCAAGGCAGGCAGCAGCCAGCUCAGAAAAGCUGCCAGGGCCUCCACUUGCAGGGCUCCAGCCUUCUAUGCUAUCAAAGCUGGGAACCGUGAGUGCUAAAUCAAGCUCCUGCUCUGCACAAAACUCUUGGAAGAGGAGUGUGGUGGUAUAAUGGAGAUGAGACUUCUCCUUCGUCCUGCUGUUUGUAGCUGCAGCCACAAGGGAAAGGGAUGGCUGCAUCAGAGAGACGGUGGCAGGUAUUUUGUCCUUCAUCAGCCAAGCACUCCACCACGUGAUGGAAGCUCCCGAACUGUGACAGAUCGAUGUGUGUCCUGCAGGGGUUCUGAUAAACGCGCCGUGAUCUCUUCAGUGCCCUUCUGUCAGAGGGCCGAGGUCCCACGGCCCGAAGGAAGGGUCAGGUUAGCCGUGGCCCGGUGGAGGCCCGGACACAGAACCGCAGCAGGCCGUGUCAGGGCUCAGCCGGCUGCACGGGCCCAGCCCGGGAUCGGCCCGUGAGGAGCGGGAAGGUCCGCAGCACCGCUCCCGGGUCCCGAGACGAGCGGCGCGGACCCGGCACGGCCCCCUGCCCCUUACCCCUCCCGCGGCGCCGGAGCCCGCUCACCGCCCGGCCCCCUGGGUGUGUCCAGCCUGGGCCGCCAGCGCCUCCACCCGCCCGCGGACCCCCGCCGCCUCCCGCUCCUCCUCCCGCUCGGCGGUUCGGCCAUGGCCUCGCUCGUCUGCCUCCUCUUCUUCCUCCCCGCCGCCACGUCCUCGGCCGCGGGCCGCCUGGUGCCCUACGACCUGCUGUACGCCGACGGCGUGCGGGCGUACUUCGCCCGGGACUGGGGGCGGGCGGCCGAGCUGCUGCAGCGCGCCCUGCACAGCUACGCGGGGCUGCGGGCGGCCCGCCGCGCCUGCCGGGAUGCCUGCCUCCGAGAGGCCGCCUUCCUCGGCGAGCCGCCGGCCGCCGGGCCCUGGGAAGCCGCCCUCUUCGACCGGGUGCUGCAGCGCGCCGACUGCGUGCAGCACUGCCUGGGGAGCCGGCUGGGCGCCGCGCCAUCCGCGCACCGCGCCAGCCUUGUCAUCCAGCGGGACUUCGAGCGGAGAGAGCCCUACAACUACCUCCAGGUGGCCUUCUUCCAGCUGAAGAAACUGGACCAGGCAGUCUCUGCUGCUCACACGUUCUUUGUCGCCAAUCCCCAACACCUCCAGAUGCGUGAGGACAUAGAGAAAUACCGGCGUAUGUCGGGGGUGAAGUCAGACAAUUUCCGAGACCUGGAGGCCGCACCACACUGGGAAGCAUAUGAGGCCGGUAUGCAGCAUUACAAUGCAGAUGAGUACCUGCAGGCUGUGGACAGACUGGAGGAGUCACUCAGAGAGGCACUGUCAGCACUUGAAGAGUGUCGUGCUCUGUGUGAAGGGCCACUGGAGGAUGAAGAGGUGGAGGAGGAGGAGGAUUUGCAGCCUGGCCUGUAUGAAGCCAUUGCAGCCCAUUAUAUUCAGGUGUUGAAGUGCAGGCAGCAGUGUGUCCUUGAAAUUGCCACAAAGCCAGGGUGGAUUUCUGCCACAGAAGAUUUCAUACCAUCUCAUCUUGAUUUACUGCAGUUUGCGUAUGAUCAAGUUGGGAACCAGGCAUUGGCUGCUGAAUGUGCUGCUUCCUACUUGCUCUUCUAUCCCACGGAUGAGCCAGUAUUGGAGAAAAUGAAACAGUACCGCGCAGAACUUGGAGAAGAUACAGCUGUCACAGCAAGAGAGAAUAUUCGUCAUUAUGUGCAGAGAUCUCUGAUGGAGAAGAAAUUGAUUUACUAUGCCAUGGAACAUCUAGGAGGAACUUUUAAUGACCCUGAUCUUUGGACUCCAGAUGAGCUGAUUCCUGAAAACCUAAAGCAAAAAUACAGAGAGGAUCAGGAGAAGAAAAAGCAGGAAACUCUGGAUAUGGAAGAGAGAGGGAAGAGAGGUUCUUUGCCUUUUGAGGGUAUCACAGUCACCAUGGAUUCCCAACAGAUGAAUGGAACCCAGAGGGUUGUGUUUGACAGAGUCCUGACGGAGUCUGAGUGUAAGGACUUGCUCCGGCUGACAAAGGCAGCAAGAGGAACAGGAGAUGGCUAUCGAGCGAGACGGUCCCCUCACACCCCACAUGAGAGAUUUGAAGGGUUAACCAUUCUGAAGGCCAUGCAGCUAGCCCAGAGUGGGGACGUGGACUGGAGAGAUGCCAAAUUGCUUCUGCAGGCCAGUGAGAAGUCACGGAAAAUCAUAGAAUCCUAUUUCACUCCUGGAAAGAAACUUCAUUUCUCAUUCACACACCUUGUGUGCCGCACAGCAGUGGAAGAAGAGCAGGAAGGUCGUAUGGAUCUCAGUCAUCCUGUCCAUGCUGAUAACUGUCUGUUGGAUCCUGAGGGGAAAGAGUGCUGGAAAGAGCCACCUGCCUAUGUCUACAGGGACUAUAGUGGCAUUCUCUACCUCAAUGAUGACUUCCGAGGUGGGAGCCUUUUCUUCACUGAAAUGGACACUGUGACUGUCACGGCUAACGUGCGUCCUAAGUGUGGGAGACUGGUAGCCUUCAGCUCUGGCAAGGAGAAUCCCCACGGCGUGCAGGCAGUGAGCCAAGGCAGGCGCUGUGCCAUUGCUCUCUGGUACACGCACUCUGCAGAGCAUGCUGAGCAGGAGCGGGUGAAGGCAGAAGAGCUGAUGGAGCAGAGAGCUGCGGAAGAGAACCAGUCCAAUGGAGAAGAAUAUCAUGGGGCUGAUCACAGCAGCAGAUCCUCCCCAGAGGCUCUUGUUCCCAGUGGUGGAGCCAGGCCCACCAGCCAGAGGCACAAGUCUGUCUCAGAAAGGACGCAGCACCCCAAGGAGCUGCGGGCCAGAGAUGAGUUCUAAGUACAUGGGGCCCUGGGCAGGACUGGCACAUACAGUGGGUUCACAGGUCUUGGUAGCAGUGGGACCACAGAGGCCUGGAGCAGUUUAUUAGCAUGCUAGAGCCAUAGUGAUGGGGAGGGAAUGCAGUUUUCUUCUCUGUGACUGCCCAGCAGCUGAAAAAUGGUAGCAGGAACAGAGUGCUAAAGCUAGAUACACCAGGAUCUUUCUUCAGUGCCCUGACAAUAUGUUUGUGUCGUUCAGAAGUAGGAUAGCAGGCCCCUUUGCCAGAUUCCUCUCAGAACAAGCUUCUUGGUCCUCUGGGGCCAAAGCCAAGAGUGCUAGGGAAAGCCUGGAGACUCUGAUGAGCAAGGGCUGUCUCAUAUUCAGGAAUUCAAAGGAGAAACCUCUGGAUUUCCUUGGCGCCUGCAAACCUUGAAAACUGCAAGACUGGCAUGCGCAAGGGAAGAUGAGACACUGUGAAUAUAUGGAAUAAAAGGAAAGUGCUGGACAAAUGUAGUGGGAGCUUGAAUCUGUACACGAGGAGGGACACAUGCAGAUUGCUGGUUGCUGAUGGAAAUUUAAUUAACAAAUGAUGGAAGGAGAUUGAGCCCUUAAUGAAAGAAAACAAACAAAGUAUUUGUCCAGAUGCCAUCUACUUGUGAUAGGGUAAGAAAGCUCUGCUAUGGCUGACCCCUGGAAAACGUGGGAACUCUUUUAAGAAAAAGCACUGUACACUCACAUUUCCCUGAAGUGAGGUUUUGGUUUUUUUUUUUAAUUCAUGCACCAAAUUGUCUGUGAAGGCAGAUAUUUUGUUUAUAAUUUUCCAUGCUGAUAUAGAGACAAUCUGCUGUCACUGCCCAGGGGAUUAAUGUCCAAAGAUGGGAUUAUAUUGUAGCCAAACAGGAACUGAAUGAGGUGGAUAUGGAGUAUGAAAAAGAGCAGUGAGCGUUUUCU